AUGCCUCCGUUUUUACUUAACGUGCCGACCUCAGACGGCCUCACCUACUGCUACUCCAUCGACAUCUCGGAGCGGGUGGCAUUGCGGCUUGAUCAGAAGUUCCCCUUCAGCCUGAUGAGGAGAGUGUCGGUGUUCAAGUACGUCUCAGGGUCUUCAGCUGAAAGAAGGGCAGCCCAGAGCCGGAAGCUGAAUCCUGUGCCUGGCUCCUACCCUACGCAGAGCUGCCACUCUCACCUGUCCCCGGGCCACCCCGUCACCCAGAUGCAGCACACCAAUGGCCAGAAGCUCUCCACCUGGCCCACCUGUGCUCCUGGCCACAUGCCCACCCUGCCUCCGUACCAGCCUGCCUCUGGCCUGUGUUAUGUACAGAACCAUUUUGGCCCAUCCCCUAACUCCUCCAGUGUCUACCCAGCUUCAGCAGGUUCCUCUCUGGGGGUCCAGCCCCCCGGCCCCCUCAGCUGCCCAGGCUCAGUGUAUUCUGGGUCCCUGAGCCCCCCGGUGUCCGCCGGCACCAAGGAGAGCUCCAGGGUCCCGAUUCCCUGA